GUGGAACAAGAUAUCAUGGCACUCCCAACAACCACGGUGGCAAAUUCCAGCAAGACCCCAGAGACCAUGAAGACCCCUCACCUGGCCUCUGCUGUGUUGCUUUUCAUCACCUUCCUGGUGGGUGUGCUGGGGAAUGGGCUGUACUUGUGGGUACUGGGGCUGAAGAUGAGGAGGACAGUGACCACGUUCUGGUUCCUUCACCUAGUCUCCUGCUACCUCCUCUUCACCCUGCUGAUCCCCUUCUUCGCUGUCUACGUCCUCCUGGAUUUCCACUGGGUCUUUGGCCUGGCCAUGUGCAAGUUUCUCAAUGCCUUCAUUUCCAUGGGCAUGUUCUCCUCCGUCUUCCUUCUCACACUCAUCAGUCUGGACCGCUACACACUCACUCACCAUCCCAUUUGGUCCCGGAAUCACCGCACCAUGCCCCAGGCUUGGAAGCUGGUCAUGGGUGUGUGGGUGGCCUCCUUCAGUCUCAGCGCUCCCUACUUCAUUUUCCGGGAGACCCAUGUGGUUGACAGGGGCAGAAUCAUCUGCAUCAACAAUUACGCCCUCUCCACAGACUGGAAUGGAGCCGAGAUGCAGGACCUGGGCAGAUGGGUCCACCUGGCAGUCUUUGUGGUCCGGUUCCUGCUGGGCUUCCUGCUGCCUUUGUGCACCAUCGUGGGAUGCUAUGUCCGCGUGGGGCUGAAGAUGAAGGAGAAGAAGCUGGCGUGGGCUGGGAAGCCUUUCAAAGUCAUGGUGGCCGCGGUGGUUUCCUUCUUCCUCGGCUGGCUCCCCUACCACCUGUACCACGGCGCGAAGCUCUACAAGAAAGAGGUGCCAGAGUCGGUGACAGGUGCUCUCUUGGUCAUUUACACCAUCACAUCCUGCUUCAAUGCCUCCUUCUCCCCCAUCCUCUACCUCUUCGUGGGGGAGAAGUUCUGGCAGGUCUUUAGUAUGUCUCUCCUCACUCUGGUGAAAGCGGCUUUUGUCGAUGAUCUCGGCAGCAGUGCCCCCGAGUCUAGUGGAAGACAGGGAUCAGAAGUCGAGAAUAUAAAAGAAGACAUGGUCUGA